CCUCCACCACGUGCCAUCUCGCCCGCAGUCCAUUCGACGCCCUUGAACGCCAUCGAGGCUUUCCAACGAAAGAGAGCACAAGGCUGGAGACAAUAUAUCUCGGCAUGCCUUCAGAUCUAAAAUUAGGUCCCCGAAUCGCUGCAUUCGGAUGGCCUCGUCUAUCGUAUCCCAUGCUGCCAAAAAAGCAUCGGACGGUCGAGGCUGCGUUGUCUCUGCUGGUUAUGGCAGUAGUACAAUCAGGUAACCAUUUAAAAGGAUGAGGGAGAGCUGAGUUGUUAUUCUUCUUUCUUUUACUCUGAUUGCAUCUCGACUUCUUCGCUUGUCAAUGCUUUGAAUCGUCAAGAUGUCCAUUUCUCGUGCAUUCUUACUGUUUUCUGUCGGUGUCUCUGUUGUGGCUGCCAAUGCAAUUCCUGCUGAUGCACAAAUUACCCCGGCCCCUCUGUAUAACAGACAAGCGGUUUCCCAGCGGUUGAUAGGUUACUAUAGUACCUUGGGUGCUGGAACUUGUAUGUUGUUUGCCGAUUUCGAAACAAGAAGUAACUAAUUAAGGCUCAAGGGGAUAGCGCUGGAUGUCCACUAUCUUCUACAUGGACAACAUCUGGUUCAUAUGGGAAAUGCUGUAGCUCGGGGUCUAUCUGCGCAGGUUCGGAUUAUGCGACCAGAUGUUCGGGCGAUUAUGUCUACUUUGGUGGAUCGUCACUUUCAUGGUAUACGAUUCAGAUAAACGAUGAGAGGAAAUUAACGCUGAUUUCAAUAGUACAUAUACAUGCAACACCGAUUAUGUGUUUGCCAGUACUCUAGAUUCGUCACCCCAGAGAUGGGUGGGAUGUGCCUCAAGCUCUUCUUCCACAAGCUUUUACCGAGGUGUCGCUGCGACCGUCACUGCAAGUAGAGGUAUAUUCAAUCAUUGCAAAUUGUUUGGAGUCUACGAUAACUGACAAAAGAUAGCAACUGAUACCGGAUUCCUCGUUCGUCCCACAGUUACUGUUCCCGGAAGUAACCCAACUUUUACACCCCCGGCCAGCAAGAAAAAAGCGAGCAAAAUAUGGAUUGUGGGUGUGGUAAUCGGAGUUGUUGCACUACUCGCAAUCAUAGGAAUAGUAGCCUUUAUUCUGAUCUCUCGCAAAAAGAAGAAGGCACGCGCAGCAGCUAUAGCUUCAGGACAAGCGCCCGCAUAUGGACCUCCAGGCCAACCGCAAAUGCAACAAAAAUAUAUGCAGCCACCCCCCGGACAAGUUGGAAUGAUACCAAUGGUGCAGCAACAACACUACCCUCCUCCACAAGAGAACUUAUAUCACGCACCAAUGCAAGAUGGAAAGCCCGGCGUAUAUCCCGUUGGAGGACCACCACAAAGCCCACCCCCUCCACAAUGGACACCACAGCAAAAUACGCCAAGUUCUACUAUACCCGUAUCGCCCAUCACGCAACGUGGAUCUGUCACUCCCAGCGAAGGAGCCGCGCUCCAAGACCAGCGUGCUAUGAACUCGAAAUCUCCCGUGGGAACAAUUAGCGAGAUCGGAAGCCAGCCCCUGAAUCCGACAACACCACCUCCGAAUAACUUGGGCGCAUCACCCAAUGCAUUGGGUGCGUCGCCGAAUAUUGUUAGUCCGCAGCAAACGGGUAAUACGAUGUCGUCUGUGAGCGCGAUGUCAACACCUCCUCCCCAACAAACUCAUGUAGCAUCGCAACCAACGCAAAUUCAACCGGGACAUCAUGCACGCGGUCCGGUCUCGGAGUUACAGUGAAGAUUAGAAUGGUUAGUUGACGUAGGAUGGCAGGAAUGAAACUUAUUUAAUUUGAAAGAGAGGAUGAAUAUAAUUGUAAUAUACACUGCUGUCUAAAAUUGAAAUCUUUCCUAGCUUAGGGCGUAUAUCAGGUAGAAAGUAAGUGUAGCGUUUUA